AAAGCAAAUUUUAGCCUAUAAUGAAUGAUGCCUGAAAUCUGUCAGAAGCCUGUCUGUUUACAAAUAUCUGUGUUAUAAGAUAGAGUCCAGCCAGUGAUUGACACUACAUAAUGAAAAGAGGUUACUGGGCUUAUGUCUUUAUUGGGGAAUCCAUGAGUCAAAGUGUGAAAGAUGGAAGACGCUAAUGCACUUUUGUGGUUGUUGCUGUGGGAUGGGGCUGAGUCCUUUGAAGGAGUGCCAGAAGUCCUAGCGCCCGGGAUCAGAAAUCUUUCUUAGUUGGAUGAGCCUAAAGUACAGUAUAUAAGUUAGUAUUCCAAUAUCCUUUUCAAGCGUGGCCAUGAUGAAACUUUAUUUUUUUUUAGCUUUUCAAGUUUUUGUAAUAAACCGAUACUUUCUGUUAUGGCAAGCGUUGUUUCAGAGUGUGUUGAACUAGUCUGCACAAAUAAUUUCCACUAAUCCUGAAUAACUGUCAGCCUUGUGAUUUUAUCUUUACAUACUAUGAGCUGCUUAGUCAGUGUUUGUUCACUGAUUAACUAAUGACGAUUCAAAGUUAAACUUGAUUUGUUGGCAUGUGUUAAAAGGGACUGAACUAGAAAAUCUAACAUAGCUGGUGGAAUACGGAACUUCUUCCUUGUGAAUUACACAUGAAAUAUCCAGGCCAGAACUAUGAUAGCAGUUGGACUUGGCAUUGCAACUGUUGCAUUUGCAGGUCGUUAUGCUUUCCACCUGUGGAAACCAUUGGAGCAGGCAAUUACAGAGACAGCAAAGAGGAUUUCAACUUCUAGUCUUUCAUUGUACUAUAAAGGAGGAUUUGAGCAGAAAAUGAGUAGGCGAGAAGCCAGUCUUAUUUUAGGUGUAAGUCCAUCUGCUGGCAAGGCCAAAAUCAGAACAGCCCAUAGAAAAAUCAUGAUUUUGAAUCAUCCUGAUAAAGGUGGUUCACCAUACUUAGCAACAAAAAUAAAUGAAGCAAAAGACGUGUUGGAAUCCACGACCAAAAGUUGAAAUCCGAAGCCUUCAGUCAAAAGAGAUUCAGCAGAUAUAUUGGGCAACGGCUUUCAUAUCUACUUCUACAUUAAUUGUUCCUAUUUAUUGUCCUAAGUAAAAGUUUUAAGAUUAUUUAAAAGCAUUCUGAAAUCUUUUACAGUUAUGUAAAUUUAUAUACAGUUAUGCUCCUGCAAGAAGCACGGUGUUGGACGCUGUGAUCCUUACAGGUCCCUUCUAACUUGAGAUAUUCUAUGACUCUGUGUGUCAGCUUUGGUGUAUUUUUACUGAAUUACAAUCCAUUACAAGCUUUGAAAAUGUUCUCCUGCUGUCUGUGUUUUUCCCCAGAAGUAGUUGCUUCCUUCGUUAAACUUCUGGAGCUUUUUCAAAUUUAAAAAAUGGUCUUAAAUGCCAGAAAAUCCGUGACAAUGUAUUAAGUCACAGGAAUAUGGCAGAUCCCGUACAGGAAGUUUCCAGCGUCAUCUUGCACUUGAAUCUGUUCAUUUGUGCAGUAGUAGGGUUUUGUUCAUGAGGGCAGUUUGAGAGGAGCAACUCAGAACAAAAUAACUAAUAGAACUACAGACCACAGUUUCCAUGAGCUGUAUCUGUAAGGCGUGGAGAUACGAAGGAAGAGUCUUGGUUUUGGUUAGUUCUUUUGCAUAAUAAAAAAUCUCUGUAAUUGCCAAAUAAUUAUUUGGACAUGCUUUUACUUCACGUCUUAGAGUGUGUUCACUUUGUAGCAGUUGUGGUGGUGUUUUCAUGGCAGUGGCAGGGAAGAGGUAGGUCCGCUUGGCGUGGAUAGAUUAUAUAGGCUGCAGUUGUCCUAGGUCAGUCCAGCCACAUCAACUUGAUGUAGGACUGAUACAGCAAGGAACGAACCGUGGCUUUGCUUAUGCCUCUGGAUGGACUUACUGGGUUAGUUCUCCAGUAAUUACCACGCUUCUGCAUUAUGCUUGGUUUCCCUACGUGUUAUAUACACACCUCCUUAGGUAGCACUCUAGCAGCCUAGUGCUGUCUUUGGGGAAUAGUAAAGCUAUGGAUCUCUGACUCAAAAGAGAACACUUUAUAAUUGACAGCUUAGAAUAGGUGCUUUUUGGGGCACCUGGCUACUGCAAAUUCCUACCUGUAAGUUGACUGCAGAUUAAUUAAUUCUCUUACAAGAAGGAUAAUGAAAUGAGACAGCCUAGUGGAUACAUUGCAAGACUGAAAAACCUCCUGGUAUCCAUUCAAACUCAUAUCAUUUGAGGUACAACCAACAACUCGCUGGUGCUACAAAUGUAAAAUUUAGUUAUGCUAUUUUCUAGGUUAUUUAGCCAGAGGACAGUGGCUAAGAGCAGUUAAAUAAUUAAUCCAAGUUCACAUUAUCCACCAGAACAUAGGUGUCCAGAUUACAUGUAUUUUCCCUUGAAAAGAAGAAAUAAUUUUAUUUAAUUUUUUUAUCAGGCUCCUCCUACUUUGUCACAAUUCCCCUUUCGAUAAAAGUAUGUGGAAAAAGAGCCUAAAUUGACCCUGAAAGAGCAUAUUGACUUUAGGUAAUUUAGAGAUUUCUUGACAAUUAGAGUGGUGGGACAUAUGACACAACUGGACUGGAUAGUGAACUUUAUUCCUCUGCAGUAGUCUUAGCUGAUUUUUGUAUAAGCAGUAGACACCAAUUAAUGCACAUUUGAAGUUAGUUAUUCCUUUAGCUGGUUUAUCAGUAUGUCUUAGCAAAAAAGAAAAAUUCAUUAAAGAUUUCAUUUUUGGAAGAGAGAAGUGAGAUGAUGGGGUUGUACCUCAUUUUCUUAAACAAUGUCUGAUAAGUGAUCUGAGUCAUUGUUCGAAAGUGAAGCUGAUGUGUACGGUAGAUAGCAAAAGCAUUUUCUGCAGUGAUUUUGAACUAUCUGGUUUUGUCAUAUGAUUGCCGUUCUCUUUCUGAGUGAAAUGAUGUAUAAAGAGCUAUUCUAAAGUAUCAGUUGAAACAAUUGCAUUGAAGAUCACUACUUGUUCUGUUCUUAAAAAUUAACUUCCCAUGUCUUCACAAGAAGUAUGGCGUUUAUUUUUGUGAGAUUAUGGUGUUGAUAAUAUUCUACCUGAUCUAUUUAUAUCUGAUUAUUUUGGAUAAAACACUUUUUAUUUUUUUUCUGGCUUUUAGUAUGAGAGAGAUUGUCUUUCUUGAUAGAAAGAAAUAAAACCAAGUUCCAGUCUGCUUUCUCCCUCUUUUCAGAACAGACUACUGACCAAAUACUGAACAAAUUUGACAAAUUAACAAAUUAGAAAAUUCAACAAAUAGAAUGUGGCCAGUCAUAUCUCUGGAAAAUGCUGUAAAAUGAGUGAAGCUCAUGAAUGAAAGCAUUAUUGUUGUAUGUUUGGUGCCAUAACAUCACACAUAUAAUAGCAUGAGUACAUAUCCGUGGAAGCAACUAAUUUUUAUUGUCUCUUCACUAGUGAAGCUUGCUUUACCUUCUAAUUUAUGUUUGGAAGGAUGAAGAUAGGUCAGUGAAAGGAAGAAUGUAGUCAAGCAAAUCGUGUAAAUACAGCUCCAUUUGUUGUUGCUGAUAGUCAGGGUUGCAGGGUAAGCGAUGUCUUUGGAGACUGCCUUGCAGAAGAGCACCUAGUUUUGUGCUAACUGGACUAGGAAGAACAGGAUACUGCUUUUUUAAUAGCAUAGCCUGUUAAUUUAACCUUAGAAAUAUUCAGUCUCUUGAGACUUUCUCCUUUACUUGUCAGAUGCAGAAGAUUUUUUUUGUAUAAGAAAAUUGCACAGAGGUUGAUUUCUUCUGGUGCAGUUUCUGUCCAUCCAUAACAGAAGCAACAAGCAAUCUCAUUUGUGUGUGUGCUUUAAUGUUUGGAAAGUGUUCAUCUGUAACUUAUUGGCUCAGAAAUUCCCAGUAGUUUUCUACCUGCAUGAUAACCAGUCCCAGGUAUCCUCUAUAACUUCAGAAGUCAGGGAGGACUGAGGGCAUUCAUUUGACAUUGCUGUGGAUGAUUCCCUGUUUACUUAAUGAGGCAUGGCUUGCAUGUCCGCUGAGUCUUUGCUCUUAGUCCGUGGGAUUUUUCUCUGAAACUUCAUUCUUUGCCCUUGCCACAACAGAAUUAGGUAUAGAUCCACAGAAAGAGUUCAUAAAAUCUUGUCAUCUGCCUGCAUGAGUGUAAGGUACAAUGCAUUUGUUGACCUAAAAUAGGAGUUGAGUAGAAUUAAGACACAUAAAUACAAGGUUACAUUUCACAAAAAGUUUUGCCUGAUCCCCUAUGUUAUUUGGAAGGUAAAAAUUUACUCUCCUGUGUGCUUAGAUUUCUGCUUCUGUAUAGGUGUAAAACUGCUUCCUUCUUGCCGGGUCUUUGUUUGGCUUAACACUUCUCGUCCUUAAAUCAUCAGAUUAGGUUUCUGGUGUCUUAAGUUCCCUGAAAAGCCUGAUCCAGUAGCUGUGGCUCUAGGGUGCUUCACCACCCUUGGUGUGAAGAGUCUUGUGUCUGUCCUGAUACUCAAAUGAGGCUUGUGAUUCGUCUGGGCUGAGGAGAUGAUGGCACUUGCCUCGCUUCUUGCUGAAGUUGUGCUUCACUGCAGAAUGGAAGGUUCACUAAGGACCAGACUAUUGAGUUUGGUACCCACUUCUGGGUCAAUUUAAAACAUGAAAUCGUGUCAAAACAACUUCAAGAAGUUCACCAUCAAAAGUAUUGCUAACUUCUUUAGGAGCAUCACAUUCCACCUGUUGGGUUUUUAAGACCCUAAAGGGCCUUUGCUUUAAUUCAUGCACUUCUAUGAGCUUCUUCUGUCUGUCUGUCCUUGAGCAGGAUGAUAGACUGGCACUAAAUGGCCAGCUACAGCUUCCAGAACUUUUUGGGUAAACAGUGAUAAAAUCAGCGUUUUCCUUGGGUCAUCAAUGACAGCUUUGGGCAGGUAGGUUGCUAAGGCAUAUUUGUGAAUUGGUAUUAUCAGUGAUUCCAACACAGUCUCAGGACUUUGGAGGUUUAUCAUUUCAAUGCUUACUCCCAAGAAAUAGAAUGCGCGUGUGUGUGUUUGUGUAUGUAUAAGGACACAGAGUUUAUACAGAUACAUGCUGAUUUUCUGGAUCCUGUGAGGAAUUUUGCAUCUGCACUGGUGUGUACUUUUAAAGUAACAUUUUUCUUUAAUUUUCUGAAUCAAAUUACUACAAAAUAUUUUCCUCUUUGUGGGUAUAUGCAGUUUUUGACAUACCUCUCGUUCUUUUAAAGACAGAAAAAAUAAUGCCAAAGUAAAUUACAGGUCUUGAUUUAAUUAUUGUUGCCUUAAUGGGAAACCAGUUAAAAAAGGGUGAACAACACACCACCCAAACAUCUCCAACUCUUUACUGAGUUUCUUUAUACCCAAUUUUGCUCUGGUGUGAUUACGUACAAAGUAGUUGUAAGUCUUAAAAAGAAAUAGUGGCACUGUACUGCUGCAGUCAUCAGACUGUGUUUGUACAAGGUAUGUUUUUUACAAGUCCACGUCCCCAACUUUUUUGUAAAUGAAAAGAAUAUAAGACUUUCUGGAAUAAAAAACAUGGUAGAGCAUUGUUGCCCAAAUAAAAUUUUCUGUUUGCAAAUGAUUAAGAUUUCUACUACAUUUAAAACAUGCUUUUUAAUUUUACUUUCUCCUGUCUAAGUUUAUUCAUUUGCUCAAGGCACUGAGUAGGAGGGAGGGAAUUUUAGAUCAUUAUUUGUUGUCUUCCUGUCGGUGAUCCAUGAACCAUGGGAUGAGCAACUCCUCUCAUGAAUCACUUGAAUUAUCAGUCUGGAUAGCAACACACCUACUUACUUUAAUGUUAGGAAAUCACCAGAUCUAUACUUAAAAUGAGAAAUAUAAUUUUGACAAUGGCAGCAUGAUCCAAUUAAUAUUCUUAAGAUUUUUCAAGAGUUAGUAAUGGUAAGCAGAAUAUUUGCUGUACAGCUUCAUGUGACAUUAGAGCACCCUUACUGUGCUACUACAGUUUCCAUAUUUAUAAACUAACUUAUUUAAGGAAAGGGUAAUUAAUCGGGGAUCUUUUUUUAAUGUAGUAGAUAUUGUUUCUAAUAAACUCUAGUUUUAAAUAGUGGCAAAGUUCUCCAAAAUGGCUGUAUGAAUUAAAGGCUACAUAAAGCGUAGUUCAGGAUGUAGUGGUUUCUUCUGACUCUUGGAAUUGAUUUGGGCAACUUGGGUGUUUCUUACAUCUGACAGGUGAGCAAACAGAUGUGUUGCAAAGAGCGGCAGAAAUACUGAACACUGCAGUGAAUACAAUAUAAUGAAAGAAACCUAAACAAAAUUCUAGUGGACAGCUCCAUGGAUAAAACAUUUUCCAGGUGACUGGGGGUUGUACUCUACCCAGAGGCUAUUCUGUCCUGGAGCCUCUCCUAUUUAAUAUUUUUGCUG